AUGUCUGAAGUAAUCUCAGUUGUAGCACGUAAUGGUGCUUUCCAAAAGACAAUAAUAACAGAAAAUUUCGAAAGUGACAAUAGUGAUGAUGAUUACAGCAUGUCAGAUUCCAAUGGUAACGAUGAUGAAAAUAUGUUGGAAGACAAUGAAGACGAAAAUGAAACUAAUAAUGCAAGUCGUACAAAAUCUACAAUAAAGCAAAACUCUUCGACUUCUGAAAUUAUGACUCCCGGUGAACUAAUUACGGAUGACCCUAUAUGGAUGAGAGGUCAUGGUACAUAUUUCUUGGAAAACAAGACUUACUCUUCUGUAGCUGGUACUGUGUCCAAAGUUAAUAAAUUGUUAUCAGUGAUUCCAUUAAAAGGUCGUUAUGCCCCAGAGACUGGUGACCAUAUUGUUGGUAGGAUUGCAGAAGUUAGUAACAAGAGAUGGAAGGUAGAUAUUGGUGGUAAGCAACAUGCUAUUCUAAUGCUUGGUUCAGUCAAUUUACCAGGUGGUAUAUUAAGAAGAAAAUCUGAAUCGGAUGAAUUACAGAUGAGAAGUUUUUUGAAGGAAGGCGAUUUACUAAAUGCAGAAGUGCAGUCUUUAUUCCAAGAUGGUGCAGCAUCUUUACAUACUAGAUCAUUAAAAUAUGGUAAAUUAAGAAACGGUAUGUUUUGCGAGGUACCUAAUUCACUUAUUGUUAGAUCAAAGAACCACACGCAUAAUCUACCAGGUAACGUAACAGCUGUUCUAGGUGUCAAUGGUUAUAUAUGGUUGAGAAUGACCUCUAAGAUGGAUCUUGCUAGAGAUUUACCUCCAGGAGGUUCUACCCAAACAAACGGACUUGCUUCUAGUGGUCCAACAGGUGCAGUAACAUUAAAUCCAAAUUCAAAUGUUUCAAUUACAAGAUUAGAAGAGGAGUCGUCAUGGAAGAUAUAUUCUGAUGAAAACGAUCCUAAUAUUACUGGAGCUAUCAAACAAACGAUAUCAAGAUAUGCGAAUAUUAUAAAAGCUUUAGCCUUUUGUGAAAUCGGUAUCACACAAGAACGUAUUGUUUUGGGUUAUGAGGCAAGUAUGAUAUACAGUGACGUUGGAUCAUUGAUUCAAAGGGAUAAUAUGGAAUCCUUAGGUCAAGAGAUUUUGAAUGCAGAAAAGAUGAGAGGGAAUGCUGUUUAA